AUGCACACACUGUGUUGUGUUUCGCAACGUUAUGUUGCUGCUAUUGCGUCCCGUUCACUGACAAGAUCCCGUUACUCGAUACAUCACAUUGUUUCUCUAGAAUCUCUGACACGUACUUGUUUCUAUUCUCUUAUAUAUAAGAGCCCACGUUCACUCGGAUCUCAUUCUUUCAUAUUAGAUCUCUCUCUGUCUCAUGGCUAUAUUCUUCUUAUCGUCUCUUUUCAUCUCUGCGCUUCAAUGUCCACAUCAUCAACACAUAUCACAGUCGCUAUGUGCAGCUCCAGCAUCAUUUUAUCUAACAAAAAUAACUUACUACCUCCUUUGCUGUUACCUAAUCUAUAUAAUGAUGCAAAAAAUUUGCGUACUUUGAAUUUAGACCACACUAAUUUGUAUAAAUUUGCUGCUAUUGCAGUCGACUCAUCAUCCAGCGAGCACAAGCCGCUGUUUUAUUUGAAUACGGCAAAUAAAACGGACAGACAAUAUAAAAUUGGGAAAAAAAAUGCUGACGUCGAGAGAAAACUGCAAUUCCCGUCUCCUUCCGCAUCUCCACAACCAUUUCUGCAGCAGCCGGUUUCACCCGUUGGCACAAGGGAUGAAAAUUAUGACAACAAGAGCAGUAACAGUAAGGCAAAAGCAUUUACUAGAAGACAAAGAAUCGGACCAAGUUGCGAUAAUUGCCGUUCGAAGAAAAUUAAAUGCAAUGCCACUAUUGAUAUCGUCUUUCAGAAUAAUGCGGUAUUGAAUUUAUUCACAAAAAAUUUACAUCAUUUCAUUACACUGGAUGAAUUGAAGUUCUUUCAGUCAAUAAACCAUAUCGAUGCAACAACUGCAGCUUUGAAACAGAGUUUGGCACAGAUAGACCAAAACGAACUCUUAACCAACGAGCUUUACCUAGUUAAACAUCUAGACAAAAUCAUAUUGUUUAAACCUUGUUCUCAUUGCAAUAAGAAAUCAAACUCAAAAAAAUCAAAUGACUUGGAAAACAGUAAUUGCUGUCAAUUUCCAAAAGGUUUCACAAGAGCAGACAUUGGUGCGUUCAAUAAAGUUAUUAAAAAAAUGUCAACCACGGGAACUAAGUUACAACCAUCAGAUCAAAAUAUAUACAAUUUGAUUGUCGACGAUUUAUUCAAACAAUGA